CCAUACGUCAAGUCACCGGUACAUAAGAAGACACCAGGGAUCCAUCUUACCGCGCAAUACCCUACUUUGGCCCCUAUGAAGACCUACGAAUCCGACCCCUUCAACGCUGACCCCACGACCCAGUCGUUCAUCCCGAGCGCAAAAGCAGAGCAUGGUUUCUAUCAUCGACUGCAUCUCCCGCCUAUGCAUCUCAACAUCCACAUCCCAAAUCUCGUGGCACUGAGGACUCGGCAACGAAAGCGCCGCCAUCCUCUGACGACGGAGAGUGUGCAGAUACUAUCCUCGGCCACACAGCUCGACGCAGGCACUUCUGAGGAAGAAGAAGACAAAAAGACGAUUGGCGCAACAUCUUUAAAAGACGGUGGGAUGAAUAGGUGGUACCGGCCACAAACAAGAUCAUCCGCAUAAUCAUCAUCGAUUCAGAUGACCGACUUGACACAUUAUUUCAUCCUAAGUACUGUAUCGCAGAGAGGGUUAAUUACACAUGUGGAUGGUUCAUGAAGGAGACUAUUUUUGCUCUAAAUGGUGUUAGC